CUGAAACGAAAUAUUCUAGUGCGGAGUCACGGUUUCUAGGGAGACAGAUGGAGAGAAAUAGGAGGAGCGGAUCCAUGCAAAUCUCAUGGAUAUAUUGUGUCUAUUAUACUUAGCAUCUGAAGUAUGAACACUGUGGUAUUGUGGAUUUAUGUCUUAUCAGUAUGACAAACCCACAGUCUACUUGGCUGAAGCCAUGCUGUGGUAGACGUGCCACAGUUUGUCAUGUGUUUUUACUCAGUGCUGGUGUUAACAGUUUCCUGGUGGCUUGUGUGAUUCUGGUGGUGAUUUUGAUGACCGUGGAACUGCUAAUAGACACAAAGCUACUUCAGUGUAAGUCAGCAUUCCAAUUCAUCCCAAAUAUCCACUGGCUAAGCUGGGUCAUUUGAACACUUUUCUUUAGUCUUACUGUAUUACGGAUUAUUAUACUUGGUAUUUGGGACUACAUUGAAAACAAAAUUGAGGUGCUGGAUGGGGCUCUGAUUGUUCUGUCUUUGGCUCCAAUGGUAGCCUCUACUAUUGCUAAUGGUCCAAGUAGUCCAUGGGAUGCCAUCAGUCUCUUUAUUACUUUACGUAUAUGGAGGGUGAAGAGAAUUAUUGAUGCAUAUGUCCUGCCUGUGAAAAUGGAGUUGGAAAUAGUUGUGCAGCAGUAUGAAAAAGCUAAACUCAUCCAGGAGGAGCAGCUGGACAGACUGACUCAAAUGUGCCAAGAGCAAUCUUUUGAAAUCAGGCAGCUGAGGGCUCACCUUGCACAGCAGGACUUGGAUCUGGUUGCAGAGAGAGAGAGAGCCUUAAAACUUCCCCAUCAAUUACAGAAACAAAGUGAUAGGUUCAAGGUCAUGGGAAACAGAGAUUCAGAUGAUGAUGCAACAGAAAAUAUAUCUGAACUGGCUCACGAAGUAAUUAUGAAGGACGACAUGAACAAUUACAUCACACAGUAUUACAAUGAGCCUAGCAGUGAGAGUGGUGUUCCUGGGAACUGCAUCAUCACUACAGCAGCAAUUGAUGUUCAUCAUCACCCAACCAUAUCCUCUGACCUCUACUCUGCAGAAGUUCCAAUGAAUUCAGAUCAGAACAGUACCUCUAGCAGUAUGACUUCAGUAAGUGUGUCCAGGUCUCCGGAAAGUUCAGAAACAUUGGCACAGAGCAUCAGUAGUCAAGUAUUCUGCUCCUCCACUGACUGCAGCACAAGGGAAGACUCAACACAUUAUAGUCCUUUAGCACGAGUGAUCAGACACACUGCAAAUAAUGUCAUGGCUCAAGAACUCUUACUACCUGAAGAUCCAACCUGUAUACAAAAAGGAAUCGAUCCAGUCAACCUUCACCUAAAUAAUUAUUCAGCAUUAUGCAGGUCUAGUGCCAAACAUGGGCAUGGCAUCAGCAUCUACAACAGGGUAAAUCAGGAGAAAUUUGGAAUGUUUCAUGAGAAGCCGGUGCUUCCACUGAAUCUACCACUUUUAGAAAGUAAAUAUACAGACACAGAGCUAAAAUAAGACUCAACACUAUAUGUUUCCUCAAGGACAGACCAUUCUGAAUUUCUACCAUUUCAAAGCUAUCUUGCUCUGUUAUCAAGAGCUAUUAUUACCAAAUUCAUAAUUAUUAGGAAUUCCGUUCUUUGAUUAAUAGACUGCCAGACCCAUCAGAUAUAGAUGGGAAAAUAAAUCAUUAACACUUGAUCAUGUUCAUUAGAAAUGGAAUUCCAGUUUGUUAAUUAAGUGGUAGUCAACUUGUUUGGUGUAGAAUAUUAGACUUAGGGCAGUGGGUCCAUGAAUUCAAUUCCCAACACAAGUAGUAUUUAUUACAGUAAGGGGAUUUAAGCAUAUGUUUUGUAAUAGACUGUCCUGACCAUAAGAAAAAGACCACACACACUAAGGUUUUAACACAAAGCAGACUAGAUCAAAUAAGCAGUGCUUCUCUGAUUUAGACUGUAGGUCUCUACAUUAAAUGCAUGAUGUUAUGAAUACAGAACUUGAAAGGAACAUUACACUCUACAUAUUAGCCCUAAAAUAUGCAGCAACUGAUAUUUACUGUGAAACAUCAGUAUUAGUAUAUUGUUUACUAAGCAUAUUUCAUAUUUUUAUUUAGAUUUUGUACAAAUACUGCAAUAUUUUUGAAUGCACAAAACAUUUUCAGCCAUAUUUGGUAAAGGCACUAAUAAAGCAACUAUUUUAGUUACUAGCAAACGCUGCUAUAUUUGCAUCAGAAGCUCAGUUAAUGUAAACUGAAUAAUUCAAUAUGAUGGAAAUGCCUAAUAACUUGACUCAAGGGUAAAGUGUGGUACUGGAGAAUACAAAACCAGGCAUUAUGGCCAACAGUAGUACCUAUGAUACUCUGGGAUCUCAUUAAAUCUCAUUGGGAUUUAUAUCCCAUCCAAUCACUUUAACCAGGUACCAUAUAAAACAUUGUAAUUUAUAUAAUUUCAUUAUUUAUUAAAUCUAACUAGAUUAUAGUAGAUCAUUAGUAAUGUGGUAUGUGCUUAAAUGAAUUUGGUAUUUAAAGGGUUUCCAUAUAUAUGGGAAUUGACUUGGUUGCAAUGUAAUAUAUUUAUAAACCAAAAUGCUACUGCCCCACCCCGAUACUUGUUUUUCAGUUUGUGGUUAUAUGGAAUGAGGCACUAAAAAGAAUUAUACAGGGAGGGGGAUUAGCUUUUUUUAAAAUGUUAUUACAAUUACAUAGCAUUUCAACACUGACUAAAGAAACCAAAACCUAAUAUAAAUGUAAAUUCACAGAAAUAAGACAAUAGCGGUUCUAGAACUUAAUAUUGGGGGAGCUAAAAAAAAAAAAUAUAGUGAAGUGGUUGAAAGACAGCACACACAUAUAUAUAUGGAGCCCUUCACAGCUCAAUGGAGGUGCUACACAUUUAGAAAUGUAGAAUAUAGUAUAGCAGCAAUAAAAGCCUUUGUAACUACUUUCUGAAUGCAAAUGUUCUUAUUACUGUCGCAGUAAAGUAAGCAGCAGGGCUCAUGGUAAAUAGCACAAUCCUUAGGAACGAUAUAUGGUGUAAAGUUCAGCUGGGUUGGAUGGUGUGUUUAUACCGUAUGGUAUUUGUGUAAUCUGCACCUACAAUACCGAUAAUAAAUUAGGCAAAGGUGUUGGGUGGGAGACAUUUUACCAUGAUCCUCUUGCCAAAUUGAUUUAACCUCUUAAGGACAUAUGACAGAAUUUUUCCGUCAUAAAACAAUUGAGCAAACUGAAAUCUGUGUCCUUAAAGGGUUAAAAAUCAUCCAAUUUACAGGGAAAACACCUUGCUGUUUACUCUUCGGAUCUACAGGAACCCUGACUUUUUCCUACCACAUUUCUAGCGUGUGUAUAUGUGGUACAUUUUACAGUAGGAAUACUCUAGCAAUGUGCAAGUAUUUCAGUUUCACAAAUACACAUUCAUUAUUAUUAUUUUUAUUGCAGGAUAUGAACAUUUCUCGUGUUGCUGAUAUUUGUUAAGAAUGUCUUAAUGUUUGUCAGAUUAUAAGGAUUAUUGUGAUGGAGAAUCAUGUUGUCAUUUCUUCUUCAGAAUUUCUGUCAUUUCUGGAACAGCCUAAAAAUGAAAUAAAAUAAAAAAAAUUAGUUAAAGUUUA